AUGGUUUCAGGUUCAGGGAUUUGCGCAAAAAGAGUGGUGGUAGAUGCGAGGCACCACAUGCUGGGCCGCCUGGCCUCCAUUUUGGCUAAGGAGCUCUUGAACGGCCAGAAGGUGGUCGUUGUCAGAUGCGAGGAAAUCUGCCUUUCCGGUGGGCUUGUGCGCCAGAAGAUGAAGUACCUGAGGUUCCUUCGCAAGAGGAUGAACACUAAGCCUUCUCAUGGACCCAUUCACUUCCGGGCCCCUUCAAAGAUCUUGUGGAGAACCAUUCGUGGAAUGAUUCCUCACAAGACCAAGCGUGGAGAAGCUGCACUUGCCCGGUUGAAGGUGUAUGAAGGUAUACCACCCCCCUAUGAUAAGGUUAAGAGGAUGGUCAUCCCCGAGGCUCUCAAGGUGCUGAGGCUUCAGGCUGGGCACAAAUACUGCCUGUUGGGCAGACUCUCGUCGGAAGUCGGAUGGAAUAAUUAUGAUAUUAUCAGGGAGCUUGAGAAGAAGAGGAAAGACAGAGCUCAGGCACACUAUGAGAGGAAGAAGCAAUUGACCAAACUGAGAGUUAAGGCUGAGAAAGUUGCUGAGGAGAAGUUGGGCUCACAGCUUGACAUUAUUGCUCCUAUCAAGUACUAA